AUAUAAUCUCCACAUAUAUUUACACACACAUCGCUAUACUUGCCAUAAAUUACUCUGCAUCACUCCAUUAUUUCUCCCUCAACUAAACCAAAAACAAACUCUUCAUAUAUAUACAAAAUUCAAACACAUAUAGAUAUAUAUAUUUAUAUUUAUAUACACAUAUACAGAUAGAUAUAUAGCAAGAGAAAAACACACACUUUAGUCUUUAUAUAUAUAUAAACACAACACAAAAUCAUUCUCUCUGUAUAUAGAGAGAAAGAAAUUAAACACACUAUAUAUCUAUCUAGUACUCUUCGUCUCUUCUUCUUCCAAAACAAAAACAACCAUAAAAUAAAAAAGCUAAUGUGUAAAAUAAUCACAAGAAUGAUUUCGAGAGUUUUGUAUAUCUCUACGUUGGUUCUAACAUUGCUCAUUCUUGGUGUCUCCUCCACAGUCACAGAAAAUAAAGGAGCAUCGUUUGGAUACAUGGGGACUCAUGGGCCAGGAGAGUGGGGAAGAUUGAGUCCAGAAUACAGUGAAUGCGCCAAGGGCAAACUACAGUCUCCAUUGAACAUCAUGAAAACCAAAGUGGUUCGCUCCAAAAUCUUUAAGCCCUUAACCAGAAACUACGUCCCUGCCAAUGCCACCCUCUGUAAUAAUCAAUUCAACAUUGGGGUUAAGUAUGAAGGAGACGCAGGGUCGAUGGAGGUGAAUGGUAAGACUUACAGCUUGAAGCAAAUGCAUUGGCACUCUCCCUCCGAGCACCGAUUGAACGGCGUCCGAUACCCAGUGGAGUUACAUUUAGUCCACCAAGCAGAAGAUCUCAGCCUUUCAGUUGUAGCAAUUCUCUUCAAUUACAGUACUCCAGAUCCACUUCUGUUGAAGAUUAAGGAGAAAAUGGAGGAGCUGUCAAAGGAGGUAUGUGCAGGGAACGAGGAGGCCCAUGUACCACUUGGAAUCUUAGAUCUAAAGUUACUUAAAAAGAACACCAGAAAAUACUACAGAUAUGUUGGCUCUCUCACCACUCCUCCCUGCUAUGAGAACGUCCUUUGGACUGUCCUUGGAAAGGUUAGGAGUAUUUCCCAUGAGCAAGUAGCUGCUAUAAAAGCACCAUUAAAAUCAGACUGUAAGAACAAUGCAAGGCCUUGCCAACCCCUAAAUGGUCGUAUGGUUGAGCUAUAUGAGGACCUUAGCCGCAACUAAUUAGAAUUAUUCAAAUAUUAUUUAAAUAAAAAAUUAAAAAAAAACUAGAAAAAUUAGUAUUGGUAUGGAGACAUCAAAUAUUAUUGUGUAUUUUUAUAGAUAUGUAUAUAUGUUAAGAAGAAUGGUAUUUGUACUUUAUAUUGGAAAAGAAGAUCUGUCAAGCACUCUUCUUUUCCUUCUAGCCUGGGUAUCUUGGUAUUUUGGUCUUAACUUCAUCUUUUCAAUUCA